UCUUCUCUCUCUCCUCUGUUUUCUCUUUUUCAUCAAAAGCCAGAGCAGAGUAUAAAAAUACAUUUACUGCUUGUACUUGAACAGAAUAAUUAGACGUAACCAAACCGCUACCGAAGUCAACAUGCAAAGGGGAGGGAAAGUUGAUUGACAGGUUUUCACGGUUGAUGUCAUCCAACUUCGUUUUCGUAGCUCGCACUAAGUGACGGGGCUUUUUUGUUUUUAGUAAUCAAUUGGAGUGAGCAGAAAAACAGGGGUGGAGCAAAAGAAAAAAAAAACAAAAGGAAACAGAGAUAGCAAUGAAAAACGAAGAGCAAGCUCGUUCUUUGUUUGGGAUUUCGCUUUCUGAUAGACCUAUAUGGAAACAGUUUCUCAUUUGCUCUUCUGGGUUCUUCUUUGGUUACCUUGUCAACGGCAUUUGUGAGGAAUAUGUAUACAACAGGCUACAUUUCAGCUAUGGCUGGUAUUUCACAUUUGUUCAAGGAUUUGUUUAUCUUUUGCUGAUUUAUCUACAAGGAUUCACUCCAAAGCAAAUGGUGAACCCAUGGAAGACUUAUGUGAAACUCUCUGCAGUUCUUAUGGGUUCCCAUGGGCUUACAAAAGGGUCUUUGGCUUUUCUCAACUACCCAGCACAGCUCAUGUUCAAAUCCACCAAGGUUCUGCCUGUGAUGGUAAUGGGUGCCUUCAUACCGGGUCUGAGACGGAAAUAUCCAGCUCAUGAAUACAUUUCUGCAAUACUUUUAGUAGUGGGUUUGAUCCUUUUCACCUUGGCUGAUGCACAAACUUCCCCAAACUUCAGUGUCAUUGGUGUAGUGAUGGUAACUGGUGCUCUAGUAAUGGAUUCCUUUCUUGGUAAUUUGCAAGAAGCUAUCUUUACCAUGAAUCCUGAAACAACACAGAUGGAAAUGCUUUUUUGCUCGACUGUGGUUGGUUUGCCAUUCUUGAUACCACCAAUGCUAUUAACAGGAGAACUAUUCAAAGCAUGGAAUUCAUGUUCUCAGCAUUUAUACGUUUAUGGCGUGUUAGUCUUUGAAGCCAUGGCCACAUUCAUUGGACAAGUAUCAGUCCUUUCCCUCAUUGCCAUUUUUGGAGCAGCCACCACAGCAAUGGUGACAACUGCCAGAAAGGCAGUGACUUUACUGCUGUCAUAUUUGAUAUUUACCAAGCCAUUGACUGAACAGCAUGGGACUGGACUUCUGCUUAUAGCCAUGGGAAUCACCUUGAAACUCUUGCCAGUUGACAGCAAACCAGUUUACAAAAGUGUCUCAAGCUCAUCCUCACCUACAGAUGAAAAUAUUGGAAAUCCUUCUACCAGUAGCGAAGAAUUGAGGACCCGAUCAGAAACUGAAGAAAGAAGGCCCUUGGUCUAGACUUUGAUUAUUACUGUAGUUCAUUUGUUUCUUUUGACAUCUCCUAAACAAGAAAUGAAAAGGCCAAAAAUGGUGGCAACUUUAUUUAUAGUAUAGUUUUUUUUUCCUUA